AUGUCCUCUAAUAUGUUGUUAUACUCCUUGGGUGGAGCCUCGAUGUUUUUUGCGAUUAUCGUUACUAUUCUAAAUGCCCUCGCUUAUGGGGUAGCCCAGUCCCUCUCCUCCUCCACACCGGCCACUGAGCGGACUCCAGUCAGUUUGAGUGUUGUGAACUGUGUGGCAUUGAUUAUGAUCAGCCUUCUGGUACAUCAAGAUAUCCGACAAAACCACCAAUGGCCUCGGUGGAAGGUUUGGGUGUUUUCCCUCACGGUUGCAUACCUAAUUAUUGCGGCUGGGUCGACUGCGGGAACCAUGGCCACGAAUCACAACCAGCCCUCACUAUGGAUUGCUCGAUCCAUCUUUUGGGGGAUUUCUGUCUUUACACAAGGCUCCUACUGUGGAUACCUUCUUAUGAUCUGCUUCCAACAAAGACCCGAGUCUGCUUGGCCACACUCCUAUAAUCUUUCCGAAGAGCUCAAGACUCUCCCCGAAACCCCAACAUCAGUCACAAACCCCGUCCAGGUCUGUGAUCCAUACCCGGACAUGAAUCGAUUUGAUACCCGAAGAGGUUCUCUUCGCAAGUUUCCUCGGCGUUCCAACCGGGACUCGGGCCUAUGCUUGGAACUCUCCAAGCCGAAGAAUGGUUCCUUCGAUACCACUUCGACCACAUCGAGCGCAGAACAAUCACCAACCAAGCAACAGCAUCAACAGCAUCAACAACCACAGUCCCCACAGGACUACAUCAACCGCACUUUACUCCGAGGCAAUGGAAGCAUCCGCAGUAUGCCCAGUCUCCGCCAUGACCCUACCCGGCAGCCCUCGCUGGACACCUUGGUCACUUUGGUUCAACCUUCCCCUACUGCAUCAACUUUCCAUCUGGACUCCCCGACGGGAUCCAUGGAGACACUCACUGUUCAAGAACACAAUAUCCACCCCCUCUUUCGAUCUACUAGUCCUUGCCCCUCUCCGACGCCCACGCCGGGAACGAGGGUCAAGGCGUCCCCGUCUGCCGGCCAGACCAUCACCCAUCAGACCCUGACUCGGAUGCGAUCUGCUCGAUCACUCCGGGAAUCGCGACCUCUCCCAUCACCUUUUUUAAGUGACGAGGAACUUGCACAGGCGCGUAAGGAGCCCGAGUCCGGACUGUUGCCAUUCAUUGAUGCCGGACAUGUCCGGCGAAGUAUCACGCAAUAUGAGAAGAGAUAUGACCUGUACGAAUCGCCCGACGAGAACUGA